AUGGAUUUUAGUGACCAAAAUGUCUCUGUUCUUGAAGCAUGGCCUAAAGGGAGUGUUACAAGAUGUUAUGAACUAAAGGUUCAAACAGCUUCUAUUGCAAAACUGUGCAAGACAUCAACUGUUGUCAAUGUAAAUGGGAUGUAUCCUGGACCUAACAUUUCUGCUCGAGAAGAUGAUAGGGUGGUUGUCAAGGUCACCAAUCGUACUCCAUAUAAUAUUUCAAUUCACUGGCAUGGAGUUCGCCAAAGGCUAACUUGCUGGUCUGAUGGCCCUGCCUACAUAACACAGUGUCCAAUCCAGUCAGGCCAGAGUUUCAAAUACAGGUUUACCUUGCUCAACCAGCCAGGCACACUCUUCUGGCACGCUCACAUAUCGUGGCCAAGAGCAACAGUUCAUGGUCCCCUCAUUAUCUACCCCAAGCAAGGUGUUAGCUAUCCGUUUGAGCCUCCCUUUGAAGAGCAUGUGAUUGUUCUAGGAGAGUAUUGGCUUCGAGACAUCCAGGACUUGGAAAGACAUGUGAAAGAAUCAGGAGGAGGUCCCCCAAGCUCAGAUGCCUACAUUUUGAAUGGUCGUCCUGGUCCGCUCCAUAACUGCUCCAGAGACGACGUGUACACUGUUAGUGUUACAAAGGGGAAGAAGUAUCUUCUCAGAAUCAUCAAUGCAGCUCUUAACAUGGAACACUUUUUUGGGGUGGCUAACCAUACUAUGACUGUUGUAGAAACGGAUGGAGAGUACACAAAACCCUUCAACACCUCGUUUCUGAUGCUGACUCCGGGUCAGACUUACAAUGUUCUAAUUGAAGCAGACCAGCCCAUUGGAAAAUACUACAUGGCCAUGGCCCCUUACAUGCCAGCAAAAAACGUCCCCUUCUUGAACAAAACAUCUUAUGCAAUCCUCAAUUAUGUUACACACACCAAGUCAAUUGCAUCACCACCCACAGUGGAAGUAGACAAAUUAGCUCGAAAGUCAUGUUCAAGAAGGUCGAUGAUACUUUAUGAACCCAUCCUACCUAAUGCAAAUGACACUGAAUCUGUUCAAGCAUUCGCAGACCAGGUCAAAAGUCUAUACCCGAACCAACAUUGGUCUCCGAUUGACGUUCCUUUGAAAAUUGACAAAAGCUUGUUUUUUGCAAUCGGGCUUAACGUGUUCAGCUGCAACUCAUCUGAUGCUGAUAGAUGCCAGGGGCCUAAUGGAGGAAUUUUCGCAGCUUCUGUUAACAACAUAACCUUUAGAAGACCAAGGGUUUCACUUUUGAAUGCUUACUAUAACAACUUAGAAGGAUAUUACAGCACAGAUUUCCCCGACAAGCCUGAAAAGAUGUAUGAUUUUGCGAACGAGGCUCCCAAUAACAUUGGCGUAGAUACACAGCCAGCUAUUGGGACUCGAGUUAGCGUUCUAGAGUAUGGUUGGGCUGUCCAAGUCAUAUUUCAAGACACUGGCACGGUGGGAACCGAGAACCAUCCUAUUCACCUUCAUGGCUUUAGCUUCUACCUGUUAGGCACAGGGCUUGGCAAUUUUAACUCCAGCACUGCAGUUCUUAACUUCUACGAUCCUCCCUAUAGAAACACUGUUGGAGUGCCAGUAGGUGGAUGGGCUGUUAUUCGAUUCAGAGCUGACAAUCCAGGAGUUUGGUUCAUGCAUUGCCAUCAAGAUGUGCACACAACAUGGGGACUCUCUAUGGCUUUUCUAGUGAAGAAUGGGAAAGGCAAAAUGCAAACUUUGCCGCCACCACCUCCUGACCUUCUACCCUGUUAAUAAACUUCUAGUCUGUAAAAAUCCAAUAUCUGUCUCUAGUUGUAUGUAUCUAGUAUUUUGAAUAUCCGCCAAGUUAUGUGAAUGUGUAUUUGAUUAGUUGGCAGCAGUGACAAGUCAUGUAAUUAUAAGGAUUGUUUGCA